AUGAUCAUAGGUGAUGGAAACCGACUGCUAGGAAAGAAGUGCUCCAAUUGUAUUGCCGCCAACUUGGCAUGCACGUAUCUCGAUGUUAAUAAUCGAAUCCCAUCUCAACGUUACGUCGAAAGCCUUGAGAUGAAAGUCAAUGAAAUGGAACAGUUACUGCGCAAGAUGCUCCCUCCCGAUGCGGACCUGACUGAGCAACUAGAAAAAGAGCCUGCUACAUUGCCUGCUUCUGACGAGGCUAAUGGCUUGAUACCUAACCUCAUGCGAUCUCUUGGCAGGGACAUCACCAACGAGAAAGGACGCUUCGUUUCCGAGGAUGAUUAUGAUGACGUACUGGAAACUAAUCUUCGGCGAUUUCAGAACUAUACUCAUGGCAGAUUCUUUGGCAAGUCCAGCCACGCACAGUUAAUACAGACAGCACUCGACCUUAAGUGUGGACGCCCUUCAUGUUUGUGCGAUCCAUCGAAGAUUCCUCUGAGAAGACCCGAGUUCUGGGAGCCGCUCUGGCAUACUCCCGGUCGUCUUUCACAGGUCCAAGUUAAUGUGGAAUACAGCUUCCCGGACAACGAUCUACUGUGGUCGUUGAUUGGCCUAUAUUUUACGGAAAGCAAUAUCUUCCUUCCUAUUUUGCAUCGACCAAGUUUUGAACGGUUGGUCUCAGAGUCGACGCAUGUCAGUGACCCGGUUUUUGCUAGAGUGCUGUUGGCUGUUUGCGCUCUAGGUUCAAGAUAUUCGACUGAUCCACGCGUCUUGAUCGAUAAUGAUCCAUCUUCCAAUGGGUGGAAGUGGAUGCAACAGAUCUUUGAGUGUCGCAGGGAAAUUCCGUUCUUGAGCUCGCCUCUACUAUACGACUGUCAAUCGACGUGCCUCAGUGCAGCAUUCAUGAGUGGUUUUGUACCUCAGACCGCCUGGACUAUGGCCGGCAUUGGUCUCCGUGUGGCACAAGAGGCAGGAGCUCAUCGAAAGAAGGCGCAUGAUGGUCUCAAUAGCGCAGAAGCAGAAUCCUGGAGACGAGUAUUUUGGUGUCUCUUAUGUAUAGAUAGGGACCUCAGCUCUGCGCUGGGCCGUCCAUGUGCGAUUAACGAUGAAGACAUUGAUGCUGACUUGCCUGCCGAUUGUGACGAUGAAUAUUGGGAUCACAUAUAUCCAGAGCAAGCUUUCAAGCAACCCGAGGGGAAACCUUCACUCAUAUCUUAUUUUAAUUGUCAAAUAAGACUGACAAGGCUUCUGAUGAUCUGCUUGCGCACUAUCUACUGCACGGCCAAGCCGAAGGCUAUGUUCGGUUUGGUGGAAAAGAAUUGGGAAGAACAAAUUGUCGUAGAGUUGGACUCUGCGCUCAAUGUAUGGAUUGACUCGUUGCCAGAUCACUUGCGAUGGGACCCCAAUCGUGAGAACCUCGUACACUGCAAACAAUCUGCAACAUUACUAGGAGCCUAUUAUAAUCUGCAAAUCCUAAUCCACAGGCCGUUUAUUGCCGCUCAUCGCCACUCAUCGAAGUGGCCAUUCCCCUCCCUCGCAAUAUGCACCAAUGCUGCUCGUUCAUGUGCUCAUAUCGUGGAUAUCCAGUAUCGACGCGGGGGCAAGUUCCCACUCUCUGGUUUUCUAGCAUUCAGUGCCGCAGUUGUUCUGUUGUUCAAUAUCUGGGAAGGGCAGCAGUCUGGCCUUUCGGCUGACGUUAAGAAAGAGAUGGAAGAUGUCUAUAAAUGUAUGAGAGUCCUUCGGGACUUGGAAUCAAGGUGGCGAUUUGCUGGUGUAUUAUGGGAUAUUCUUUUUCAGUUGACGACAGCUGGAGAUCUACCACCGCCCAGCCCUGUCUCAAGUAAAAGAGAUUCUGACUGUCCGUUUGAUCCUAAUGAAUGCGGAAUGUCCGGCGUUCGAAGGGACUCUUAUGCUGCCGAAAAUUCCUAUGGUGAAUCGAACUAUCCUUCCGCCAGCGAGCCUAUGGAUACGUAUGCACCAGGACCCUCUGAAUCCCCCUCCUCCGAGCGGCGCACAACAUCCAUCUCUCAGCCAACAAACGACCCUCAAUGCGAUUGUCAAUCGACGUCCGCAUACUCUCAGUGGCCACAGUCUCAGGCUUCCUCCCUUCCUAUGAACAGUGACUCAUCGGAACGAGUGUAUCCCCAUGACCAAGCCACUUUCUCUCACAAUGUUCCCGAACAACACCCUCAGAUAUACGACUAUUACCAGCCUUCCUCCAGUCAUCCAAGACAAGAGCAUGAUCCAGGGUACAUGUUAUAUUACCCUUAUGAUAGCGACUCGCACGCGACCAGGUCACAGCCGUCUGGAGGAAGUAGCGAUGACAGAAAUUACGACAGAAUGAGAACCAUGUGGAACAGCAUCCCGGGAACGAUGGAAUCAGGUGACUGGGGCAACUACCACAACAAUGUGAACGAAUCGUCCUGGUCGACUCAGUGAAGGGUUUUAAAUGGUCACAACUUUGUAACAACACCUCUUACCUACCUACUUAGCCGCAACGUACUGAUUCAGCCUAUAAUAAUUAAUAUAAUGUCAUAUCUUCUGUUUGUUGAAA